AUGACCUCCAACAUGAUCGAAACACCUGAAACAAGACGAGAUGAUGCGAGACUGGAAGACUUAGGGUACCGACCCGAAUUGAAACGAGCUUUCUCCGCAUGGGAAACAUUUGGUGUUGCCUUUUCCAUUAUGGGCGUUGUACCUUCCAUUGCAAGCACCAUUUUCUACAAUCUACCGUACGGUGGUCCGGUAGGGAUGAUUUGGGGUUGGCUUAUCUCGUCCAUCUUGAUCAUGUUCGUUGGACUAGCUAUGGGCGAAUUGGCAAGUUCCAUGCCGACUUCUGGCGGACUGUAUUUCUGGACCCAUCGGUUGAGUCCUCCUAAGGUAAGCUAA